GGGUAUUGAAGACCGCCGUGGUCGAAAUUGUGCUACCCCAAGGCCACGUUUUGCUUUUAGUGAUGCUCAGCCAGAAAAAGCCCCAUAAAGAAGGAACUAAGAGUGAAAAGCUCAUUCAUGAAGAAAAUUUACGGACACUUAAGUUCUACCGUUAUUUGUUUAUGUCCUGUUAUAUAGUUUAUUUCGUUAUCACUUUAACAUUUUUCUGGUCAACCUAUACGAAACGUUACAUAGCGUUAUCACUAGGCUGCUUCGGUGCUUGUUUAGCUGCUUAUAAAUUUAUGUCCUACAUGGCUUCACCAUCUUACGCUGUCAACGAAAGAGGAACUCGUCAAUUGGUGGAUGCUGGCCUAGAUUUAAAUAUAGGAUCCGGUGGACUUGGAGAACAAGCUAAAGAUGCAAUAAUUAUGUGCAGUUUAGUCACUAUAUUAAGCUUAAUUCAUCAAUAUUUCUGGUUCCUCCUAUUAAUUAUUCCUAUUCGGUUGUUCUACGUGCUUUGGGUAAAUAUCUUGGCACCGUGGAUAUUUGAUCCAAAUCAAGAAACUCAGGUAAAUGAAAAGAAACAAAAGAAAAUGGAACGAAAAAUGAGACGAGUUGGUCAUCUGAUGCAUGGUACAGACAGAGCUGUCGGCCGAGCUAAUUAGAUAACGAAAUGUUAUGAUGAGAAAUGGUUAUCAUCAUUCUGAGUAUUGUAUUUUAUUCUAUGGAUAUUUCCAUCCCUUAUCUCGUAUUAUUCUUACAUGAUAUUCUUUCUUUGUCCUUUUUAAUAUAUAUUGAUAUCUGUACAGUAAUUUAUAUUAUGUAUAGUUUCUGAAAUGACUGAUUUGUUUCUUAUUGAUAUUAUUCCUAGUAUUGUUUUAUUUAUUCUCAAAUAUGCACAGUGGUAAAUAAUUCUAUUAUUAUUUUCUUUUUUUUAUAUCGUUUGACUUAAAUAAUAUUGUGAAUGUCUUUUAUUAAUCAAAGAAGAGGAAAAUUUCUGUACUUCUCAUUGUUUCCAUCUAUUCGGUCAACAAGUAACUUCAUGGAAUUCACUCAGUGGUUUAAAGGUUACACGAGGUCCUGGGUUCGACUACUGAUGGGGUUGUGAGUACUUAUUGCUGAGGAGUGUUACACUAGGAAAAAAUAGCUGUUCAGUAUUCCUGGUUUUCAAUGAUAAUCUUUUAUUUAUUUAAAUAUAUAAAUAUUGGUACGAAGAGGCACCAACAUAAAUGUACUAUGUACAGUAUGUUCAAGAAAUAGAUGAUGAAAAGGUUAGUAAAAAUAAGUGAAAUAAAGCUAAAGAAGGAAGAUGUGUAGUUUGGUUAAGAAAAAUACAUUUAAAACGUUUUUCGGCAGGAUCACCACAAACUUUUACUAUGAGCCAUGUCUGAUAGCGUUUCAAGCCACUAUUGUGUACUUUUGCUAAGACCUCAACGAGGAAAUCGUGCCAGUGCCCAUCUGUACUUUUCGGUGCGUUGGUAGCUAACGUUGAACCUAGCUCGGUUUGAUAUUUUGUUGCAACAGAAGCUGCAACCAAUUUUCCUUGAUCUGUUUGUUCACCACUGAAAUAAAAUUGGUGACAAUAAGGGCAUGAUCAGAGUACACAUAAAUACUCCAAAAGAAGCUACGGUUUUGUUUACAACCAAACGGGCGGUAGCUGGUCGCAAUGUGAUCAAUCUAAGUUUGGUCUUAUGUUGCUGAGAAAGGGCGUCAGGUAGUACAUUUGGAAUAACUAUUCCCAAAGUUGGCUUGUAACCCGGGCUAUCGCACUUUACAAGACCAGAUUUUGUAGCUAGCUAGGUUUUAGUGCCGAAUAUUCGCUUUUGGUUCCAUCAAUUUUAUGGAUAACAUGGCCACCGCAAGAAAGAAGUGAGUUGAUGGUUCCUACAUACACGUUGACAUGGAACGGAAAACUGUCUCAAUCCCCUGUCGUACCAAAGCAUUUAGGAUCCAUCUAACCAUUGAUGCAACGUUACAUAAUCCGACAAUAUUCGCAAACCCUAUAAAUUAGUAAUAACUUUUGCUUAAAAUAUAGUCUCCAUCGCGUAUACCUUCUGACUGUUCACUCCUCAACUUUCUUUUUGCUUCGGUGUAUUUUCAAACAAGCUGCAUUAGCUUUCAAUUGUGCGCUUAAAAGUGGAACAAGUCUAUAAUUGCAAGGCAAAGCAAGAAAUAUGUUUGCACAAUUCAUUCAAUGAAUAAACGUUGAUUGAAAAGGCCACAAAGUCUAAUUUAAUAUUGGCAAAAUAAAGAUAAAUGUUGGCUUUGACAUCACAAACAGGUUAGCUCAGUGUUUAGAAGUGCUAUUGGGUUGAACUAUACUUAAAGUGGUUUUAUCAUCAUCACCAUCCGAAGUGAAGUCAGUUUCUAGCAUGAAACUAAGUGUUCUAAUUAAUACUGCAACAUUAUAUCAUUAUGGUAAUUGAAUCUGCAUUUUAAAAAACUGUUAUUAUCUACGUUACUAUACAAAUUCAAACAUUCGAGAAAAUCACUAAUACUAAAAAAAAAGACCAAGGUUACGUGCGGAACUUUGUGAGUUGCCAGACUGAUAUAAACAGUAUUCUUGGUUAGAUGAUUAAUUCACUUUCAAGGUUCACUAACAUUCUUAUCCUACUAUUUGUCCUUGAAAUUAUACUUUGAGCCUCCUGGAUGAUCAGGAUACAUAGUCGCAUGGGAUUUGUUGGGAAGCGGCUACUAUAUAGCUCAAUAUUCCGGUUAUAUUAUUUUGACUGUAUCAGUUUAUUCUUGUAAGGAUUAUGAAAUGUAUGUUUAUCCAGUCACUGAUUAAUAAAUCAGUGCUAAGUACCAAUUAUUAGAAUGUAUUCAAUAUUUAGGUAUUCAUUAGUGUAGAUAAAACAGAAAUCAGUGUAUUCAUACAUCGUUUUGAUCUACAUUUGGAAUGGACAUCGAAAAUCAUCUAUCAUCAAUGUUUUGUCCUUGCAUUGAGUCAUGUCUGUUUGGCUAGUAGAAAUAUUAUCUCAGUCAUAUAAAUUUUGUUUAUAAGCAACAGCGUUCAAUAAGACAGAAACAAUGAAAAUGUGAUAUGUCAAGUUACUAAGUUCGAAUAUUCUCCACAACAAUUAAUCAUCUAAACUGUUAAUCUAAGUUUUAUCAUUUAUACUGUCAGAAGUUCUCUCUUUGAUUUACUCAGUGGCUAUAAAACAUGGCCAUUAAAAGUGUAAGGCAAUCAUUGGUUACUAGUGUUCAAUCAUAAAUUCUGUCAAAGGAGCUAAACUGUUGAUACCAAUCGUGCUGACGUCCCAAAUUUAUGGCUUCGGUUUUAUCUGGUGUCGUUUGUGUUGGCCAACCGUGAUUACGAUAUUUACACUUGAGUACUGCCAAACGCAAUGCCCGUGUUAACGUUUUUAGGAGGAGAUCGGAAGAAAGUGACAGACGAAUUAAAAGUCGGCGUCAGUUAUUCCCGUCAUUGUCUGUUGGACCGAGGAGUGUUGGUAGGUACAGAUUACUUGGUCGGAGUGCGCAUGAUGAAAGCAACCGGUAAAUAAAUUGACUAUAAAUACGAUUGUUUAUAGGAAGGUUUUCUUUGCUGAAUUACUUGUUUUAGUUAAGAUGUCUACUGAUCUGAAUAUUAUGAUGCUAAGAAUUAUUCUUCGUUCCAGAACUGUGACAUUUUCCCAGUCGAAUUUAUGUUCUCAGUUGUUUACGUUAAUUGAUUUCAGUGAUAUUAUACAGUGUUGUUUCCAGUGAGUCAGUAACAACUUAGAACUUCGUACGUACGUACGGCAAUCCUAGUUACUAUACCACAUUAGCACAGAGAUGCAGUUGUUGAUUUAAAUCCCGUAGUGGUAGAGGUAGUAAGAGUUUAAACAGUAAUCGGAAAGAUCAGAGUUUGAAGAUGGUAUUCAAGGAGUAUAAUCCAAUGAAAUAAAUUUGGAAAGAGAAAAGAAGGGACAUGAUGGCUUAUGUUUGUGUACAUGUAGAGAAAGAGAGCAUCCAUUUUGUCCAAUGUGACGUUUAUACCAGUUAUUAGGAAUCAUUUUAGUGGGAUGCUGUAAAUUGCUGUCAAAUGCACUCAGUUGUUCUCAUUGGUGUUCUGUUCACUACAUUUGGACUACUAAAGAGAACCUAGAAGUCGUGCAAAGGUGCUUUUUCCAUGUGUAAGAUUUAGGAUUAUAAAUUAUGAAUGGACUUUGAGUGACGUUAAAGUGACCUUGGGAGUGUUCAGCUACUAAAUAGGAGUAAGUGAGGGUUAUAAAGGAAUGCGGAGAAUUAGAAUUAUGAUUUACAGUUAAUGGUUAGGGUUAGAGGUUCGAUUUGUGGUUCCCAUCACGUACUGACAUCAGCUAAAAUGUCGAAACUCUAUUUAGUUAAAUGGAUGAAUGAAUUUCGCGCCAACAUCUAAGAUCUAUUAUCCUAAAUCUGAUUGGUUUGUCCAUAAAUCAUAGUCUCGCCGAGAUUCUUUAGCAAUAAACACUCAUGGACUCAAAAUUGGUUAAAUGAAUAACCUUUAGGUCUUACGAUACCUACCUGACCAUGAAAAGAGUUGAACGAAUAAAUUAUCAAGAUCUUUUUUACAGAACACAAUGUUUUGGAGAAAUUUGGUUGUUCUAGCACAGUCUCAAUACUUUAGAUGAAACAUCACUAAUUACCAAACAAUAAAAAUUGAAGUGUGGUAAGUGUUGUAGUCUGCUUUCUGCUAAAUAUUUAGGAUAGAAUUAGUAUACAAUCUUGUGAGUAAAACUGCACUUUUCGGUACAACGUGUAUUGAACAGAUUUAAUGUGUCAGAAGUAUAUUGUAAAACAGGUAUAUUGAUAUAUAAAGGCGAGAAUCUUCACUUGAUGUAUUAUUCAUACUAUGUAAAAAGAAUGACAUGAUUGAAUUUUGUGAUGAUUAAGAAUGUUUAUAAUUCAGGUAAAGGAUGUUGAAGCUGUUGUAGUUUGUGAUCUUUAUGUCAUUAGCUCAUGCUUCAAUGAUAAUAGCCGUUAGAAUUUCUCCUCAAAUGAAACAGAAUAAACGGUUAGUCAGCUGUGGAGAAGUUAUAAUAGUCUAUUUAUUUUUGAAUUAAAUGUUGAUGUUAUUGUCCGGAACAACAAUGAAAGUCUAAGUAACAAACCGUCCACUUUAAAGAUCAAAAUAUCAACAUGCUAGGUUUGAGGAUAUCACAAGUUCACUUAAUCUGCGAACGAGAACAAAGACUCAGUGACCAAAGACCAGUAAGCUAGCUAUUGAUGCGUCCUAGCCCCACUAACUAGAGGGAGAAGUCCCCAACACAGCAUAACUGAAUUACUUAUGAAUGCUUGUAUUUUCAAAUCGUGGAUAUUAUAGAACUGUAAACAAUUUGUCUAUAUUAGCAUAUGUUCAUCUUGGAUGAAUUGGAUUUAUAAUGAAACUUUUUCAAAAGCUUUUACCAACUUUGGAUUGUUUUUGGUAGUGAAAUCCAGGAUGCAUUUUGCUCAUUAGUAAAAGCUUGUCACCAAAUAGAAAUCUGCUAUGCAUUUACAUACUUUAGCAUAUACUGAUCAAACUUCAGCCCAUAAUCUCAACAAUGGAAUAAUAUUUUGAAAAACUAUAAAUAAGCAUUAAACUAGUUAUAUAAGUUAGUGGAAACCUGAACAUAAUAGUGUCUGUAUUCAAAAGUAUCAGUACUAGACUCGAUUGAGUUACUGUGUGCGCAUCAACAGUGAAUUCAGUACAUCCAUCUGACUAAUACCGAACAAGAAGAAACAUGUGUCUUAGAUUCACUUCUAGCAAAUUAAAUCGCGAUAUCAGUAAUUAUCAGAAAUUAUAUUCAUACUCUUAUUAUCAAUAUAAGUUUAUGACUGCAGAUGAUGGUCAUGCAAUGUCUUGCCCACCAACAUUGACAUUUAUGCUACUUUUAUUAAAUAAGUAGUUGUAAUCUCAAAGAAUAAUUUCCAUUCAUUAUAAGAAUUCAAUAUGUAUGUAAACACUAUAAAACUUACUUUCAUGUUAGUGAAUGUAACCUUUGUUACAUUAGUUAUAGAUAAUAUAAGAUGAAUGAGAACAUCUAUUGUAUUUAAAAAUCAGUCAGUCAUUAAAAACCUCAUUUCAAGCAAACAUGAAUCAGUCUAAAUGACUAGGCACUUCAUGUCAUCAUUAUAGUGAGACUGAAAAUUAACAAAAUGUAAUAAGUGAAGAUUGUAACUAUGGCGAUACUCAAAUUUAUGGACAACCUUUGAACAAAUCAUAAGUGACUUCCAGAAAUAUCAGCAAACAGUCAGUAUAGAGUAAAAAGAUGUUAUACAAAACCAAGGAAAUAAAGUGGGUACACUUCUUAUACGUGGUUCAAAAACUUGUCAGGGUGAGAAAGAGGUUAAGCGGUUCUAAAAUCGUAAUGCAUGCAGUAGAGGGAAU